AUGUCCGAUAUAACCGGUAUGUCUGGUAUGUCAGUUAUGUCCGGUAUGUACGGUAUGUCCGAGAUGUGUGAUAUUUCCGGGAUGUCCAGUAUGACCUGCUUGUCAGGAUUUCCGGUAUGUCGAUAUGUCCGGUAUGUCCUGUUUAUUAGGAUUUCCGGUAUGUCCGGUAUGUCAGACAUAUCGGACAUACCGGACACAUCGGACACACCGUAUAUAGAAUACAUAUCGUACAUAAAGAACAUACCGGACAUACUGUACAUACCGUACAUACCGAACUUACCGGACAUACCGGAAACACCGUACAUACAAUACAUAUUGGACAUAUUGUACAUACCGCAUAUACCAUACAUACCAGACAUACUAUACAUACCGGACAUACUGUAUAUACAAUACGACAUAUUGGACAUAACGGACAUAUCGGACAUAUUGGACCUACCGUACAUACCAAACUUACCGUACAUACCGUACAUACAAUACCUACCGAACAUACCGGAAAUACCGGACACACCGUACAUACAUUAUAUGCCGGACAUACAGUAUAUACCGUACAUACCGGACAUACAGGACAUACCGAAAAUACCGGACAUCCCGACAUACCGGACAUCCCAGACAUGCCUUCAUACCGAUCAUACUGGACAUACCGGACAUACCAUUCAUACCGUUCAUACCAUAUGUACCGGACAUACCGGACAUACAAACAAACUGGAAAUAUCGGACAUACUGGAUAUAUUGGACAUACAGGACAUACUGGACAUACCGGACAUACCGGACAUACUGGACAUACUAGACAUGCUGGACAUACCGUACAUACUUACUCCAGACGAACCUUAUGUGUUUCGCAACGAAGAAUUCUGA